AGCCCAUCUCAGAGGAGAAGUUUCACAGAGCUUUCUAUGUCAGACCCCUGUCUAGGCUGCAAAUUCUUUGCCAGCCCUCUCUCAUUUCAGUUCUUUCCCAUCGUCCUAACCUCCUGCACCCCAUUAGAGGCACCUAAGCCAUUAGCCGGGGGGUUGGAGGGGGAGCUUCCAAUGAUUCUCUUCAGGGGCUCCAGCCAGUUAAGUCUGGAAAAGUUCCUGGGUGCCACCCCCUUGCUGCGGAGUUGAUUUUGACUCAUAGCAACCCUACAGGACAGAGUAGAAUUGCCUCACAGGGUUUCCAAGGCUGUAAUCUUUACAGGAGCGGACUGCCACAUCCUUCUCCCACGGAGUGACUGGUGGGUUCGGACCAUCAGCACUUCAGUUAGCAGCUGAGCACUUAACCACUGCACCACCAAGGCUCCUUCCCAGGUGCCAGAUACCACUCAAAUUCCUCCCUGUCCUCCCCCAGCAUCCAAAUACCAAAGUAGCAUGAGCCCCAUAGGAGGCAAACCUUAUACAGCAAAUUGAGGGAAAGUCGUCACCUCUCUCACCACUCAACUAGCUUGCCACCACCAAGAUUCUGCACACCUGAACCCGAGGGGAACACACAGCCUUCUAGCAGGCGUUGGGUGAAGAAGGAGGGGGACUAACAUUUAUUGAGCACUCACUAUAGGAAGGGUUCUUUCUAAGAGUUUUACACUUGUAAACUCCUAUAAUACAACAGCCCUGUGAGGCGCUAUUAUUAUCCCCAUUUUACAGAUAAGGAAACUAAGGCACAGAGAAGUCAUGUAACUUACCCAAGGUCACACAGCCCAUCAAGUGGAGGAGCACAGAUCUGAACCAUUCUAAGCAGGAGAACCAAGUCAGAGGUUACACCCCAGCCUGGCCCACCCCAGUUUAGCCAGCACAGCCCCCUUUUGUGCCUUCCCAGCAUAACCUCUCUCGUUACAUCGGCCAGGCUGGGCUCCUGGUUUCUAUGUCAACCAGAUUGCUUGAGGGCACGUUUAUAUUUGAUUCUCAUGCCCAUCUUCAUUACUAACCCCAUUUUAAGGAAAAAGAAACCGAGGCUCACAGAGGCUGCAUAACUUGCCAGAGCUCUCACAGUCAGAGCACAACAGAUUUAGGACUCAAACCCAAACUGGCUCAGCUUGAGCAAGCCUAGCCUGAAGGCCUCCUGCAGGAGUCUGCAGUCCAGCCAGAGAUAUGGCAUGGGUUCCCAGCCCUCCAGGUAGGUGUGCUCACGCUUCACCUGGACCCGAGCUGACUGCCUGCUGGCCUCAGAGUUUCCUGCCUUGGUGCAUCCCCAUUAGUCAUAGUCUGAGAGCCUCGGGGAUUAUCUGAGUGGGAGCGGAAACAAUUUUGCGGUGUUAAUCAGGUCGUCUGAUUAAUCAGCUCAGGCCCCAAGCCUGCUGGAGUGCAGCUGAUCCCAGAAAAGGUAAUUCUCAGAAAAGCCAAGUUCUUGCUGCCUGAAGUCGUCCUGGGAGGUGCCUGCCUCAGCAAUGGCGAGUAUUUCUCAGAGUGAUAGUUGUCCACCUCUGCCCUUGGAAACUCACGGCGCCGGGAAGGACGGGCAGGGGAUCGGCCGGAGGAGGCUUGGGGCUGUGCAGGGAUACAUGAGCUGCAGGGAUACAUGAGCUGGCACUGGAGCUGAGGAAGGAAGUGAGGAGUCACUGUGUUGUUUGGGGGAUAAAGAGAGAUUUUCUCUGAGGCAGGCCAGCUGUGCUAAUUGGAAGAAUGAACUGGAAAAGCAGUCAGGAGAUAAUCUCUGCGCAUUCUUCAGUACCCGCACAUUGUUCCAUUCCUGUCACUUUGCAGCCAGGGGCAUUUCUGUAUCAGAUGGCGGCUCCGCAAGAGGCAGAUGGCACACUCAGGAGGGGUAAUAGAGUUUAACACAGGGCCAGUUGUCAAAGGCGUGGUUCAGGUUAAGGGAAUCAACGUGGAUGGUACAGCAGCCUGGGACUAGCAUCUCUGGGGAGCUGUGACUACCCCUAGGCCUGCAGGGGAAAGGGAGAGUGCUAGGGGUGAACUUAUGCUCCCCCCGCCCAAAUAUGUGUUGGAAUCCUGACUCCUAUACUUGUGGAUAUAAUCCUGUUUGGAAAUAAGAUUUUCUUUGUCAUGCUAGUUAGACCAUACCCAGGUACCAAAACAAACAACCAAAAAAAACUAGUUGCUGUCUAGUUGAUUUCCACUCAUAGCAACCCUAUAAGACAGAGUAGAACUGCCGUAUAGAGUUUCCAAGGAGUGCCUCGUGGAUUUGAACUGCCGACCUUUUGGUUAGCAGAUGUAGCUCUUAGGUCUAAAUCUGAUCAUUUCUGCGUUAUAAAAAGAGCAGAUUAGACAGACAGACACACGGAAAGACAGAUGCCAUGCCAAGGAACUCCAAGGAACCUGGGAAUGCACGAGGCCACCAAGAAGGAAGGAAUUGACACAGCCAAGACCCUGAUCUGGACUUUUUAGUUUCCAGAGCUGUGAGAAAAUAAAUGUCUCUUCUCUGAAGCCACUCAUUUGUGGUAUUUGUGUUACAGCAGCGCUGGAAGCUAAGACAGGGAGGGAGCAGUUACUGGAAGCUGGAGAGAGCAGGGCCAAGAGGGGCUCCUGGCAGGAGCUGGGCUCUCCCAUAAAGGGAAGCAGCCAACCUGUGGCAAUCCUGGCAGCGGAAUCAAUACUUCUCUGACUCUGCUCUCCUCCCACCCUCUGGGCUCCAGUUAGUGCUGCCCAUUGGCCAAAGCCAACAGCAGCUAGAGGGCAAGGGAGCCCAGGUGAUACAAUCCACAGAGUAGGACGGAUCUGGAAGGGCAAGCGUGUGGCACCCUUCUGACCUGGUAUAACACCUCUCUCACCUAUUCCUCUGGCUGCGUUUUCUGAGCACCUGCAGUGUGCCGCUCUGAGCUUUCGCUGGAAGAAUGCAGUGAAUGAACUGUUCUCAGGCUCUGCCUUUAGAUGAAAUGGAAAGCUGACUCUUUGCCAAGCCAAAAAAAAAAACAAACCUAAAAACUGAGAGGCUGGAACGGAAGAAAUGGUUGCCAAUGUCCCUUGCGCCAAGCGUGGGGCACUUCUGACCACGUCUCCAGAGCCCAGCCCCAUGUGGUAGAUCGUGGGUGAGAAAGGCGCCUAUUAGUUCAGCAUCUCAAAUCGGCAUUCCACGAGCGUGGCUCGUCAGUUACUAUCCUCUGGGCCCAGGAAGGGUCUGACAUGCUUCGUUUUCACUCAGGAAGUCGUUUGUUGUUUAUUAUGUCAAUGCUAGGCUUCAUUUACGAAACAACACAUUCCGCUGGACAUCUGGACACCAAGAAACACGACCAACUCCAGCCACGAGAUGAUCUAGCACUUUCUUAGGGAGAGCAUGGCUGGGGAUGCCAAACCUGUCUUCCACGGGCCCAUUCUGGAUCUUUAGGAGCUUGCCUACCACCAAUGAUGCCCAGCUCCUAAUACAGCUUGAACCACGUUCUGUAACAAAGAUGGCGGUGCAGAGACUAGCCCCUUCUCUGAGCCCAUGAUGGGGGAGGUCCCUCCAGGCCCAAAGAUGGGGAACAUCACCACAGACAACUCCUCGUUCAGCUGUACCAUUGACCACACCAUCCACCAGACGCUGGCCCCGGUGGUCUAUGUCACAGUGCUGGUGGUGGGCUUCCCAGCCAACUGCUUGUCCCUCUACUUUGGCUACCUGCAGAUCAAGGCCCGGAAUGAGCUGGGCGUGUACCUGUGCAACCUGACGAUGGCGGACCUCUUCUACAUCUGCUCACUGCCCUUCUGGCUGCAGUACGUGCUGCAGCAUGACGACUGGCCACACAGUGACCUGUCUUGCCAGGUGUGUGGCAUCCUUCUCUAUGAGAACAUCUACAUCAGCGUGGGCUUCCUCUGCUGCAUCUCCAUUGACCGCUACCUGGCCGUGGCCCAUCCCUUCCGCUUCCACCAGUUCCGGACCCUGAAGGCAGCCGUCUGUGUCAGCGUGGUCAUCUGGACCAAGGAGCUGCUGACCAGCAUCUACUUCUUCAUGCACGAGGAGGUCAUCGUGGAUAAAGACCGGCACCGUGUCUGCUUCGAGCAGUAUCCCAUCCAGGCCUGGCAGCGCAGCAUCAACUAUUACCGCUUCCUGGUAGGCUUCCUCUUCCCCAUCUGCCUGCUGCUCAUCUCCUACCAGGGCAUCCUGCGGGCCGUGCGUCGGAGCCACGGCACCCAGAAGAGCCGCAAGGACCAGAUCCAGCGGCUGGUGCUCAGCACCGUGGUCAUCUUCCUGGCCUGCUUCCUGCCCUACCACGUGCUGCUGCUCGUUCGCAGCCUCUGGGAGUCCAGCUGUGAGUUCGCCAAGGGCAUCUUCAAUGCCUACCACUUCUCGUUGCUCCUCACCAGCUUGAACUGCGUCGCCGACCCCGUGCUGUACUGCUUUGUCAGUGAGACCACCCACAGGGACUUGGCCCGCCUCCGUGGGACCUGCCUGGCCUUCCUCACCUGCUCCAGGACCAGCCGGGCCAGGGAAGCCUACCCACUGGGUGCCCCCGAGGCCUCUGGAAAGAGUGGGGCACAGGACGAGGAGCCCGAGUUAUUAACUAAGCUCCAUUCACCAGCCUUCCAGACCCCUGACUCGUCGGGAACGGGAGGGUCUCCCACAGGCGGGUUGGCCUAGCCUGGGUCACCUGCGCGUAGGACUGCCUGAGGCCUGAGUCUUCCACUGACAGGCCUCUUAGUCCCGAGCUUGCUCACUGGCUGCCUCCAGCUUUGCCAAUGGCAGAUGCCUCUUCCUGCUGAGAGACGAUGGGCCUGGGCUGCUGGGCCAGGGCUUGGCCUUGGCUGGGCUAGGGCUUGGCCUCGGCGAGGCCUCUCUGACUCCGGGGAGCCUGCUCUAGCUUGCUGAGCUCCGGGGUUGUUGAAUGUCAGCUUAUGGGUGUCUCUGCUGUCAGCUGGGAUGCUACAAGGCGGGGGCUGUUGUGGGAGGAGAAGCUGGGGUUGGGGAAGCAGAGUGUGAAGACAUAGGGCUGGGGGAUGGGAAGAUCCCCAGGGCCCUCCCACGACAUCGGUGUCACAGAUGGUACCUGCUCAAAAGCACCAGUGUUAUCUGAGGCGACACAUGAAGCUGUAUUGUCGUAAUUAACAUGUGUGCCCCACCUUAAGAUAGGGCAAGAAGAGAGAUGAGUUGGGCCAGCGGAGAAGGAAGGUGGGGGCACUGUGAGUGUGUGGGAGGAGGAGGUGACAGACAGAGGAGAGCCCCCCAGCUCUAUCCAUUCACCAUUGCACAGGGAGAGUUGAGCAGAUUCACUUUUUAACUGUGCCUUCUGGAGCCUGAGAGCUGAUGGAAUACAAACCCCAGGCCUCCCCAGGGUGAGUUCUGUAGCCCUUGCUUAAGUGCAAGACAAAGGUCUAAAGACAAGGUGUCCUUAAGUGAGUUCCCUGCACAGACUCCUCCUAGCUAGAUUCCUGCUUCCACCUGCCCAGAAGCACCAAAUCUGAAGCCCUGGGAGUGUGUGCCCACACAUGUGUGUUUGUGGGUGUGUGUGCGUGGGUGUGAAUAUGUUGGUGUGUGCGUAUGUUGGUAUGGAUGGGUGCAUGUGGAUACAGCGUGUGUGUAUGUGGGUGCAGGUUGUGUGUUGGUGUGGACGGGUGUCUGUGUGUUGGUGUAUGUAUGUGUGUGCAUGUUGGUGUGGAUGGGUGUGUGUGUUUGCAUGUGUGUACACUGGCGUGGAUGGGUGUAUGUGUGUGUACAUGUUGGUGUAGAUGGGUGUGUGUGUUGGGGGUGUGUGUGUGUGCAUGUGUUUAUGUUGGUGUGGAUGGGUGUGUAUGGAUGCUUACAGUUAAAAUGCCAGUCUCCAUGACAGCCACAUGCCAAGACACUGAGGUUAGGGUCAUGUGACUGCUGGUGAUGUCCCCAAGCAAAGAGGCUUGGGCACUGGGGCAGAGUUCCCACCUUGGCUUUGCCCCCUGUGGCCCCCCUCCCCAACACACACUGUGGAGUAUCUAGCAAUCUCAGAAAAGAGCCUGACAUUCUUCCUGGGUUUUCAAGUACAACACAACCAACAUGCAAAAAACAAGUAAAACUGAUGCACGCUCCAGCCUCUUCCAAGGCCUGGAGUUCAGCUCCAGGUGGUUUAAAUGCCCCUGUGACAAGGUGAGGAGGUAGCCUUGGGAUCAACUUGCACCCUUCGUUCUCCAUCACUGCUCCUCUGCUGAUGUCCCAUCUCACUCACCUGGAGGGUGACAGUGGUCUGUGUACUGACCACCACCUGUGCUCUGUCCUGGAAGGCUGGGUACUGGGCUCAUCUCUUGUGCAACUUUGUGUCUGACUGUAUUGUGGUAUCCCACACACAGAUUUCUCCUAUUCAGUUAUUCAAUUUUGCUGCAAAGCUUCCUGCCCACUGAGCGCCAUCCUUCCAAAAGCGGCUGGAGAGUGCAGAGAGGGUCCAUGGGGUCCUUCUGUCUCAUCUUACUCUUUCACGCCCAGGGACUUUGCUUCUGCAAAAGGACCAGAAGAGCUGCUUGAUGCUUCGGGAGACCCAUCCACCUUUACAGAAAUGCUGGCCUUUCAAUUUCCUGGUCGAUGAGCUGAGGCCCACUUUGACUUCUCAGGGCAUGCCCUCAACGCCUGGGAGUCUAGUUCCUCAGAAGAAGUAGCUGGCUUCAGUAGAACAUUUUUGAAAUCUGCUAAAGCGAGGGCCAGGGAGGACCACCUUCCUCAACCUCCCUACCUCUCCUCUCCACCUUCCAAGAUGUUGAUCCUUUACCCUUGGACUCUUAACCCUUCUCUUGGGGUGCCCAGAGGCAGGUAGCCCAGGCUGGGUGUGCCCCAGGGAAGGGUGGUUACUGGGGACCUCAGGGCUACAUUUGGCUUUGACUGGGCAGCCUCUGCCCCAGCUCCUUAUGGAGGGCCUCUGAAUACCUGGAAAGGCUCUCUUCCCCUUUCUAGAGGAGGAAGUGACCGAGUUUGAAGGUGGCAGAAAUGGUCACAAGCCAAGGAGAGCCCACCCAGCCCCAGCCCAGGGUCCUACUGGGGCAGUGCCACUGGUUGAGUCCUCCAUGUCUCCUCAUUCAACAGUCCCAUUGCUGUGGAGUUGAUUCUGACUCAUAGGACCUUAUAAGACAGAGGAGAACUGUCCCAUAGGGUUUCCUAGGCUGUAAUCUUUAUGGAAGCAGGUUGCCACAUCUUUCUCCCAAGGAGUGGCUGGUGGGUUUGAACCACUGACCUUUCAGUUAGCAGCUGAGCGCUUAACCACUGCACAGCCAAGGCUCCUUCGUUCCACAGCAUUUCCCCCUAUUUUAAUUAUCCACCUGGCAUUCUCACUGGGAUGGACUGGAAUGAGCUGAGAGCAGUUCCAUUUACUAUCAAAAGUUGUAUUUUUGUAUUGUCCUUUCUUUUACGCCAAGUAUGUAUGUGUUGGACUGUGCAAUGGAUUUAUGAUGCAAAUAAAGCAAAGUGACUAACCAACCACACCUGGAGUGCCUGCAG